AUGCAGGCCCGCCUCCUCUCCCGCGAAACAGGCGAUCUCGGCUUCCGCGACUUUGCCAGAUGCACAACCACCGACCUCCUCCGCGCGUUUGCGCCCGCGCCGCAGCACCGCUUCGACGGAAGGCCCGCCGACGCCGACGCUGAUGCGGACGCUGAUGCGGACGCCGCGGUGCGCGCCCACCCCGCCGGGGUAAGCGGCCUCGCGCUGGAAAAGUUCGACGGCCGCGUCCUCGUGUCGGGCGGCUCCGACGGCGCCGUCAAGCUGUGGGACCUGGAGGAGCCGCCGUCCGGGCUGCGGCACCACGUCUUCCGCCCCGUGGGCACGGCCCCCCGCGCGUCCGCCGGCGGCGGCCACAGCCACGGCGUCACCCACCUCGCCUUCUACCCCUUCGACCCGGACGCGUUCCUGUCCAGCUCGUACGACAAGUCGCUGCGGCUGUGGGCGACGCAGCGCUGCGCCCCCCGCGCCGCGUUCGACCUCCACGCGACGGUGUACUCGCACGCCAUGAGCCCCGUCGCGGCGCACCUGCUCGUGGCGUGCGCGACGCAGCACUCGCACGUGCGCCUCGUGGACCUCAGGUCCGGCGCGGCGGUGCGGGCCCUCGUCGCGCACGGCGGGCCGGUCCUGAGCGCGGCGUGGAGCCCGCGCCACGAGCACGUCCUGGCGAGCGGGCACGCCGACGGCGCCGUGCGCGUGUGGGACGUCCGCCGCGCGGGCGGCGCCCUCGCCCUCCUCGACCGCGACCGCGACCGCGACGACUCGCUCGGCCGGGGGGAGCAGCAGCAGCAGCAGCAGCCGCAGCAGCGCGCGCGGGAAUCCGCCCGCGCGCACGACGACGCCGUCAACGGCCUGCAGUGGACCGACGACGGGGGCCGCCUCGUCUCGGCGGGGCUGGACGGCAAGGUCAGGGUGUGGGACGCCGCGACGGGCGCCAACACGCUGGCCGGCUUUGGCGCCCUCGUCCGGAACCAGCACGCCAGGUCGGCCGCCGCCGUCGUCACGCCCCCGGCGCUCGAGAGCUCCGGCGAGCUUCUCGUCUGGCCCAACGAGAGGGAGAUUCUCGUCCUGCGCCUGCGCGACGGCGGCGUCGUCGCCAGGCUCCGCGGGCCCGGAGCCGCGAACCCUGCGCGGGGGGCGCGGUCUCGAGGCGCCGGCGUCGGCGUCGGCGUCGGCGGCAGGGACAGAAUCACCUCCAUUGCCUGGAGGGGAUCGGGCGGCGGCACGGGUCACAACGGCCCCGUCAUGGGCGGCGGCAACUCGGUCGGCGCCAUCUACAGCGCGCACCUGGACGGGCGGAUCCGUGCGUGGAUGCCGCAGAUCCCCGGGCCGGAUGACCUCGACGACACGGAAGAGGACAGGCAAGAGGAGGAAAACGUCGGGAAGCGCAAACGAAUGGCGCUGGACAGCGCGUACAGGAGUCUGAUGGGCCGGCAGAUCACCUUUACGGGGCGGUAG